AUGAAGUUCACCGCCCUUCUCCUCCCCCUCGUCGCCGUGGCCAUGGCCGCCCCCGCCCCCAACUCGCAGGAGGCCCGCGCCCCCGACGUCGCCGACCAGUUCGACAUCAUCAACGGUGUCAUCGUCGGCCCCGGCGGCUACUACGACGAGAACGGCUUCCACGAGGGCGAGUACCCCGGCAACAAGCGCGACCUCGCCGAGCGUGACGCCGACGUCUACGAGCGCACCCUCGGUCUCGAGGAGCGCACCUUCUUCCUCAAGGGCAAGCUCCUCGGCUUCCUUGGCAAGGGAUGGAAGUGGGGCAAGGGCGGCCUCCACGGCCCCGGCGACCCUGUAGCGUUGCCGCGGUGCAUUCUGUUGCUUGUUAGGCUUGGCUUGAACGGGUGUGAGCUACUGCAGUUUAGACGCAUGUGUCUUCGGUCAAUGCGGAGGAUCUCGUCACCCCAAAACAAGGCCCCUGCAGCUGUCAGCCCAAAUUUCUGUCGAGUUCGACUUGCACAACAUGCUCGAUGUUCUCCAUAUAACCAAGCGUGUGGGCGGAUGCCUACUGCCUUGGCUUAUGUGAAGGCGGCGGUAGACGGGGUAGUGGUAAAUGGCAUUCACACGGGUUCCUCUCGGGGAACGCGUCCGCCGCUUUUCCGCUCUGCCACCCUUCGCUCCUCCGGCUCUGUCGAUCACCGCGUCUGGACACCUCCUGUGCUGUCAGCUGCUCAGCGCCGUGUCUGCCUUGACACUUCGACCGAUAUGCUGGGGUGA